UGGUCUACUCUGUUAGAGGAUCAGUCCAGGUGUGCAGUGUGUCACCAGGUGCUGAGGGAUCCAGUCUCUAUCACCUGUGGACACAGGUUCUGCAGACAGUGCAUCACCAGAUACUGGGAGAAACCUGCUCCUUCAGGAGACUAUGACUGUCCUCAGUGUAGAAAGAGAUCCAGAACACGUCCUGUACUACAGCACCUGAGUGAACCUGAUGAUGCAAGAGGCUCUGAAAACAUGGAUGACAGCCUGCAGAGAGCCAUAGUAAACCACAAAGACAGUCUGAAAAGGAGGUAUGAAUGUGUGAAAGAAGGCAAGGAAAAAGCAGGGAAUCAAACUCCCCUCAACAGGAUUUACACAGAGCUCUACAUCACAGAAGGAGAGAGUGAAGGGGUUAACAAUGAACAUGAGGUGUGGCAGCUAGAGACAGCAUCCAGGACACCAACCUCACAUGACACAGCAAUCCACUGCAAUGACAUCUUUAAACCCUUACCUGGCCAAGAGAGAAGCAUCAGAACCGUGCUGACGAAGGGCAUCGCUGGCAUCGGAAAAACUGUCUCUGUGCAGAAGUUCAUCCUAGACUGGGCUGAAGGGAAGGCAAACCAAGAUGUGGAUAUCAUAUUUGUGCUUCCUUUCCGGGAGCUGAACUUGAUCAAAGAUCUCCAGUACAGUCUUCUCAGACUUUUAAAUGACUUCCACACAGAACUAGACAUAGACAAUGCAAAGAAACUCACUGCCUGUAAAGCUAUGUUCAUCUUUGAUGGUUUGGAUGAAAGCAGACUUCCAUUGGAUUUCCAGCGCAACGAAACAGUGUCUGAUGUCACCCAGACAUCAUCUGUUGAUGUUCUGCUGACAAACCUCAUCAAGGGGAAUCUGCUUCCCUCUGCUCUCCUAUGGAUAACCUCCCGACCAGCAGCAACCAAUCAGAUCCCCCCUAAGUGUGUUGACCAGGUGACAGAGGUACGAGGGUUCAAUGACCCACAGAAGGAGGAGUACUUCAGGAAGAGAUUCAGUGAUGAGGACCUGGCCAGCAGAAUCAUCUCACACAUAAAGAAAUCAAGGAGCCUCCACAUCAUGUGUCACAUGCCAGUGUUCUGUUGGAUUUCUGCAAUAGUCCUUGAACACAUGUUGAGUACAGACAAGAGGAGAGAGAUGCCCACGACUCUGACUGAGAUGUCCAUACACUUCCUGCUCAUGCAGACCAGCCUGACGAACCAGAAGUAUCAUGGAAGAGAUGAGAUGGAUCAAGAGGAGCUCAUGGAGUCAGAUAAGGAAAUUCUUCUGAAGCUGGGGAAGCUGGCGUUUGAAAAUCUGGAGAAGGGUAACCUCAUGUUCUAUGGAGAAGACCUGAAAGAGUGUGGCAUUGAUGUCAAAGAAGCCUCAGUGUACUCAGGAUUGUGCACACAAAUCUUUAAAGAAGAAUCUGUGUUAUUUCAGAGAAUGGUGUACUGCUUUGUUCAUCUGAGCAUUCAGGAGUUUCUCUCAGCUGUCUACAUGUACCAUUGUUACACAACCAAGAACAUGGAUGAACUGAAGCCCUUCCUCAAGAGAAAGUCUAGAGCUGCGUCUGAAGAGCUAACCUUGGAUGAGCUGCUGAAGAAUACCGUGGAUAAAGCCUUGGAGAGUAAGAAUGGACACCUGGACCUUUUUGUCCGCUUCCUUCAUGGCAUGUCACUGGAGUCCAAUCAGAAACUCCUACGAGGUCUGGUGACACAGACAGAAAGCAGUCCAGAGAGCGUCCAGAAAACGAUCCGAUCCCUUAAGGUGAUGCAGAGGAAGAACAUCUCCCCUGAGAGGUGCAUCAAUCUCUUCCACUGUCUGAUAGAGAUGAAAGACCAUUCAGUACAGGAGGAAAUCCAAGAGUACUUGAGGUCAGAGGACAGAUCCAAAAAUCUCUCCCUUGCUCAGUGUUCAGCGCUGGCCUACAUGCUGCAGAUAUCAGAGGAGGUUCUGGAUGUGUUUGACCUGAAGGAAUACAAGACAUCAGAGGAGGGUCGUAGGAGACUGCUCCCAGCUGUAAGAGGCUGCAGGAAAGCUCUACUCACUGACUGUGAACUCACAGACACAUCCUGUGAAGUGUUGGUCCCAGCUCUCAGUUCAAACUCCUCACACCUGAGAGAGCUGGAUCUGAGUAACAAUGACCUGAAGGAUUCUGGAGUGAAGCUCCUCUCUGCUGGACUGGGGAAUCCCCACUGUCAACUGGAGACUCUGAGACUCACUGACUGUGAACUCACAGACACAUCCUGUGAAGUGUUGGUCCCAGUUCUCAGCUCAAACCCCUCACACCUGAGAGAGCUGGAUCUGAGUAACAAUGACCUGAAGGAUUCAGGAGUGAAGCUCCUCUCUGCUGGACUGGGGAAUCCCCACUGUCAACUGGAGACUCUGAGACUCACUGGCUGUAAACUCACAGACACAUCCUGUGAAGUUUUGGCCUCAGUUCUCAGCUCAAACCCCUCACACCUGAGAGAGCUGGAUCUGAGUAACAAUGACCUGAAGGAUUCAGGAGUGAAGCUCCUCUCUGCUGGACUGGGGAAUCCCCACUGUCAACUGGAGACUCUGAGGUUGUCGCUCUGUGGAGUCCAAGAGGAAGGCUUUGAUUCUCUGGUCUCAGCUCUGAGGUCAAACCCUUCACACCUGAGAGAGCUGGACCUGAGCUACAAUCACCCAGGAGACUCAGGAGUCAGACUGCUCUCUGCUGGACUGGAGGAUCCACACUGCAGACUGGAGAAACUCAAUGUGGAACCUGGUGGAGUGGAAACAAUCGAACCUUGGCCUAAAAAAUAUGACUGUGAUCUCACACUGGACCCAAACACAGCAAACGAACAGCUCUCUCUGUCUGAGGACAACAGAAAGGCGACACGUAGGAGAGACAAGCAGCUGUAUCCCGAUCACCCAGAGAGAUUUGAGAUCUGGAAACAGGUGCUGUGUAGAGAGGGUCUGACUGGGUGCUGUUACUGGGAGGUAGAGUGGAGUGGGAGAGGGGCUUACAUAGCAGUGACAUAUAAAGGAAUCAGCAGAAAAGGAGUGGGUAAUGACUGUGUGUUUGGAUUAAAUGACAAGUCCUGGACUCUGCUCUGCUGUGAGAACCGUUAUACUGCCUGGCACAAUAAUAACUCCAAUACCAUAGCCGUUCCCUCCUCCAGCUCCAACAGAGUAGGAGUAUAUCUGGACUGGCCAGCCGGCACUCUGUCCUUCUACAGAGUCUCCUCUGACACACUGACCCACCUGUACACAUUCACCUCCACAUUCACUGAGCCCCUCUAUCCAGGGUUUAGGUUUUACUAUGACACCUCAGUGUCCCUGUGUCAGGUGUAGGGCUGACCCCAUUUAGUCGACUGGUCGAUUGUUUGGUCGAUAGGCUGUUGGUCAGCCAAGAUUUAUAUAUAUAAAAAUGUUAUGGCACGUGAGACAGCUGUUUGAUUGACUUAUCCAUUGUGGAUGUCGCAGGGAUGGAACACCUUGUUAUUUCACCUUUAUUUAACCAGGUAGGCCAGUUGAGAACAAGUUCUCAUUUACAAAUGCGACCUGGCCAAGAUAAAGCAAAGCAGUGCGACAGA